AUGAGCCUGAUCAAUCCUGAACAUGAGGAUAAACCCAGUCCAGCCACCCUGGGACUGCAGGGCCACAUGGCAGAGUCCAGUUUUCCCAGGAGCUCUCUGCCCCUGUCCUAUGUCACUGCCAUCAUCUCAGUGGGGGCCCACCUCACCUCCUGUCUGACUAUUAAAGAACCUGCUGCUGGGCUCCUCACUCUUCAGCUUAGUUUCCCAAGUGUCACUGCCAAGGCCUUGUACUGCCCUCAGGCAGUCCCUGAGAAUUUAGAGAUUGCCCUGGCCCUUCUGUUGUGGUAUGUGGUGUGGAGGAGAGGUGAUCAGCUGACGCUUUGGGUCAGGCUUGCUGGGCAUCAGAGAGUACACACUGGGGGAAAACCUUACGAAUGCAAUCAGUGUGGAAAGAUAUUUAGAAACACCUCCAAUCUUGGUGUACAUCAGAGAAUCCAUAUUGAGGAGAAACCUUAUAAAUGCAAGCAAUGUGGAAAGACAUUCAAGGGGACCUCCCAUCUUGCUCAACAUCAGAGAAUCCAUACUGGGGAGAAACCUUAUGAAUGCAAACAAUGUGGAAAGACAUUCAGUCAGAGGCAUCAUCUUGUUGAACAUCAGAGAAUCCACACUGGGGAGAAACCUCAUAAAUGCAAACAAUGUGGAAAGAGAUUCAGUAAGAGCUCACAUCUUGUUCAACAUCAGAGAAUUCACACUGGGGAGAAACCUUAUGAAUGCAAUCAGUGUGGAAAGGCAUUCAGUUAUAGCUCUGUCCUUGCCCAACAUCAGAGAAUCCACACUGGGGAGAAACCUUAUGAAUGCAAGCAAUGUGGAAAAACAUUCAGGGAAAGCUCCAAACUUGCUGUGCAUCAGAGAAUCCACACUGGGGAGAAACCUUAUGAAUGCAAGCAAUGUGCAAAGAAAUUCAGUCAAAGCUCCAGUCUUGCUGUACAUCAGAGAAUCCAUACUGCAGAGAAACCUUAUGAAUGUAAUCAGUGUGGAAAGACAUUCAAUCAGAAGUUUAAUCUUGCUGAACAUCAAAGAAUCCACAAUGCAGAGAAAGCUUAUGAGUGCACUCAGUGUGGAAAGACAUUCAGUCAGAGACGUGGUCUUGAUGUACAUCAGAGAAUCCAUAAUGCAAAGAAACCUUAUGAAUGUAAUCAGUGUAAAAAGAUAUUCAGUCAGAGCUCACAUCUUGCUAUACAUCGGAGAAUUCACACUGGGGAGAAACCUUAUGAAUGCAAUCAGUGUGGAAAGACAUUCAGGGACAGCUCCAAUCUUGGUGUACAUCAGAGAAUUCACACUGGGGAGAAACCUUAUGAAUGCAAGCAAUGUGGAAAGACAUUCAAUCAAAGUUCCAGUCUUGCUGUACAUCAGAGAAUCCACAGUGGAGAGGAACCUUAUGAAUGCAAGCAAUGUGGAAAGACAUUCAAAGGAAGCUCUAAUCUUGGUGUACAUCAGAGAAUCCACAAUGGGCAAAAACCUUAUGAAUGCAAACAAUGUGGAAAGACAUUCAGUCAGAGCUCUAAUCUUGUUCAACAUCAGAGAAUCCACACUGGGGAGAAACCUUAUGAAUGCAAACAAUGUGGAAAGACAUUCAAAGGGAGCUCCCACCUUGGUGUACAUCAGAAAAUCCACACUGGGGAGAAACCUUAUGAAUGCAAACAAUGUGGAAAGACAUUUAGGAAGAGCUGCACUCUUGCUGUACAUCAGAGAAUCCACAUGUGAGAAACAUUAAUAAAGUUAGUGUAAAAUGAUAUUCAAAGAGCUCCAAGCUUUC